AUGGAGUCGUAUAAAAGCUUCGAUCCAACGGAGCAUGGCCUCAGUAGUAAUUUUCGGUGUAAAGUACCCCAGGAGGAACUGCUCAAACUCCUGGAGUCGCUUGGUCAUGGCGAUCAUCGUGAAGGUUCAAUUGGAAUCGGCCUCGAUAGCUGUGUCUUGCCUACUCGACAUGAUGGUAUCUCCAUCGUUCAAACAACAGAUUUUUUUUAUCCUCUAGUCAAUGACCCUUAUUAUCAAGGAAAAAUAGCCGCUGCUAAUGUCUUAAGUGAUUUAUAUGCAAUGGGUGUUACAGAAUGUGACAAUAUGUUAAUGUUGCUUGGCAUUAGUAGCCAGAUGACAUUACAGGAAAGGCGAAUUAGUACGAAAUUAGUUAUGGAAGGAUUUCGCGAUGCAUGUCUGCAAGCUGGCACAAGUGUUAAUGGCGGCCAGACUGUUCUAAAUCCGUGGUAUAUUAUUGGAGGAGUUGCUAGUAGCGUCUGUAGCAGAGACGAAUAUAUUAUGCCUGAAAAUGCCAAGGUUGGUGAUGUCCUAGUUUUAACUAAACCGUUAGGAACUCAAAUUGCCGUCAAUGCUCACCAAUGGUUGGAGGAGCCAUCUCAAUGGGAGAAAAUCGAACAAGUGAUUUCUAAAGAAGACGUGAUCAAAGCAUAUUUGACAGCCAUGUUUUCUAUGGCUAGAUUAAAUCGGAAUGGUGCUAAGCUAAUGCACAAAUAUGGAGCUCAUGCAGCAACGGAUGUGACCGGAUUCGGUAUAUUAGGCCAUGCUAACAAUUUAGUCCAAAACCAAAAGGAAUCGGUAUCUUUUAUUAUCAAAUCUCUACCGAUUAUUGCCAAGAUGGCUGAAGUUGCCAAGGCGUGCAAGAUUAAUUUCAAACUACUAGAAGGAUUCUCUGCAGAGACAUCCGGCGGUCUAUUUAUAUGUUUGCCUCCAGAACAAGCUGCUAAGUACUGUGAAGAAAUACAACAGUUGGAUAAGCAUCAAGCUUGGAUAAUUGGUGAAGUAAUCGCUGGUAACCACAAAGCUACUAUUAGCCCAGAUGUUCAAAUCAUAGAAGUUGACUAUUAUUAA